CUUCUUUUUUAAACAUCAAUGCCUAAAUUAUCCUAACAGAUUAAUUUGUUUCUGGGGCAUGGAUGUGGGUGGUGCAGGUGAGGUUCAUUUAAAUUAUUCAAAUGGCUUGUCCUGUACAAACCGCCACACAUAACCGCCACUGUCUUACACAACAGACUCGAAGCGGAAAAACAACAUCGAGGACUGAAAUAAUUGGGUGAUAUGAGGUGGCUUAAUAAAACAGAAAGGCAAUAAUUAACGAUCAGGAGCUUAGACCAAAUUGGAGGCAUGCUCUAUACCAAUUAUCCCAGAACACCACAGAGCAAAAUGGCUCAUUAACUAUGCUGCAACCAUUACAGAAGAGGAGAGGAUAUUGGAUCUCAAGCGUUUGUUUACACAGGCAGCACUGCUCUGCUCCGACCUCUUUCUCCCUCUCUCGCAAGACUGGGCAUCCACACACCAGCUCCUUGACUGUUUGCCUCCGUAUUUACACCAUUAGGGCCGAAUGUUUCAGUUCUCAUGGUUCUGCCGCUCCACCGAGGGGAGGGCCGCCGUCUCUCACUGCCCGCCUCACUCUGGUACAGACAGGUUACCAGCGAAGCCGUCGGCUGAGCCCUUGUAGUGAACACCACAGGGCGGAGGACAGGAGGAAAGCUUGAGGACGUGGAGACGAGCCUCCUUCCCAGAGCACGGCGGGAGACUGACGCAUCCAAAACAGCAACCGGUGUCCCUGGAGCCCCUGAGGACUGGCCCACGACACACCCAGCGGAGCCUGACUACACACGUCAGCCUCAGCCCACCCGCCAGUCAGCCAGUCAGACAGCCAGCCAGAUCGCAUGGGCUGUGUCGGGAGCCAGCCAGCCCAGGGAGGACGUCUCUUCCAGUGUUAGUCUGGGAGGAUGCAGCCGGUGGCCCUGGUCUAUGCAGCUCUGAUGGUGGUCUCCAGUGUGUGCUGUGUGUUUGGUAACGUGGUCCUACUGCUGGUGGUGUGCCUUAACAAGGACCUCCGCACCGAAACCUGGGCCCUGACCCUGAGCUUCUGCCUGAGCGACCUGGCCCUGGGCCUCUCCACCAUCCCCUUCGGAGCCUACAACAGUCUGCUCCGGCCGGAGGGCUACUCCAACGACGGGCCCCUGUGCCAGGGCAGCGCCUUCCUCUACCUGCUCCUUCAGCUGGCCUCCAUCCACUCUUUGACCUGGGCCACCAUCGACAAAUUCACAGAGAUCUGCUUUGCCCUGAGCUACACCACUAUCUGCACGGCCAAGAGGACCCGGGUAGUUCUGGUCUCGGUCUGGCUCUACAGCCUGGCCAACGCGGCCCUGCCACUGCUGGGCUUCGGUCACUACACCUACAGCUGGACCAGGUUCCUGUGCACCCCCAGCUUCCAGCCGGUCUACAGGGGCUUCAGUAUGCUCUUCAUCGCGGUGGGGAUCAUAGCUCCCAUACUCAUCAUGUGCUCCAUGUACGUGUACAUAGUGUACAUCGCGAGGAAACAGGUGCGGCGAGGCACGUUCGUUUGCAACGACCAGCACUGUUUUCACGUUCCUGCUAAGAACUACUUAAGGAGCUCCAUGGUAAUGGUGGCGACUGUGGUGUGCCUGCUGGUGUGCUGGCUACCUUACAUCACCACCUGUUUUUACGAGACGUUCAGUGGGCGUGACCCUCCGGCAGCAGCCUCGGCCGUGGCCACCUGGCUGGUCCUCUUCACCUCCGCUCUCAACCCGUGGAUCAAUUCCAUGACGCAAUCGUAAGUAAUUACCAAUAGCCCCAGUCACUCAGAGAUGUGGAGACACUUCAACGCCGAUGUCUCCAGACAUACAGAGGCUUUCAGAAAGUAUUCAGACCCCUUCACUUUCCACAGAGCUUGUUGUGAUAUAGACUUGUUUUUGC